AUGGUGUAUCCUGCAUCUGUCUUCAUUACUGGGGCUAAUAGAGGCAUUGGAUUAGGAUUGGUUCGUGAAUUUUUGAAGGUUCCGGCCGUGAAGCAUGUGAUUGCUGGCGCAAGGAAUCCAGAUAAUGCUGAGGAGCUGAAUGGAAUUACCGAUAAGCGGUUGAGUAUCGUCAAAAUUGAUAUCGAUUGUGACCAGUCCAUCAAAGACGCAUACAAGCAGGUAGAGGCCGUAGUUGGUGAGAGCGGGCUAAAUGUGCUGUUGAACAAUGCGGCCAUCUUGCCGCCUUAUUUUACAAAUGGAGCCAUCUGUCGGGAUACCUUAAUGAAAUGUGUGAAUACUAAUGUUCUGGGAACCGCCCAUCGUCAGUCAGUAUUUCUUUUCUUGUUAUUGCAGACUUUUUUGCCGUUGCUCCGUAAAGCGUCCUCUCACGGUGAAGGAGACCAUUGGGGAGUCGACCGUGCUGCUAUUGUGAAUAUUUCUAGUUUCUGGGCGUCUAUAAAGGGGAAUGAAGACGGUUCUGGCGAGCUCGGUUCUCUCGCAUACAAGAUCAGCAAGUCAGCUGUUAAUCAAUUGGGCAAAACAAUGGCAGUCGAUCUAAAGAGCGAUAAAAUCCUUGUUGCUCAGUUUUGUCCAGGAUGGGUGCAGACGGAAAUGGGUAACAUGGGAGGAAGAACGGCUGCCAUUACCGUAGAAGAGUCGGCGUCCGCAUUGGUAAAUUCUAUGUCGAAAUUGACUAAGGAACACAAUGGCGGUUAUUUUGACCGCACUCUGAAAGUCAUACCGUAUUGA